UCAGUGCCAUUGAAAAUGAAUUUGUAACCCGACGAGUGUGAUCCGAUACUUGAAGACCUAGCCACGCUUUCACACUUCGAACGCCGUCAGACUGUGAUCAACAGUUAUCUGACGUCCUUGGAUAUUCCAGUCUCUUGACUACUACUCAUUGAAACCUGAUCAAACAUUGUCUUAUUUCACUUGCCCGGCCUCGUCUUACUGCAAUAUUUGAGAUGCCUCCAAAACAGCUCCCACCUUUCAACCAUGAGAAGCUCCUCGAUAUUAAUAUACAAUCAGAAACACCAGAGAACAUCAGGGCCCUGCAGGACCAGAUCCAAGUGGCGGAACAUAACGUAAUCGCUGUCCUGCAAGCUGCACAGAAGAUAGCAGACACAUUUUCGAGUUUGGAUCGCGUCACCAAUUUCAACUUACAGAUCAUCGACAACCUAGUUCAGGAUAUUAGGACCAUCUAUCGUCUGCUGCGUUCGAGAUUGUUCAGUCAGUUCCCUGGAGUCCCCCCGCGUGGACAGCUAGCAGCUCCAGGUGAUCGGAUACCGGAGAAGAUUCGGGAGAACGCCUACAGCUGCCUAUGCCCUCUGACAGUGUUGCUCCAGAGUGUGGCCCAAUGCUUCAGCGACCUCAAAGUAUCUGCUCCGUCGGAGGCUGGUAACGACGCAUGGGGGACCAUUCAGCCACUUCAUAGGCUUCUACGCCAUAUGGAGGGACGCCUGCUCACAACCAACAAUGUGGUUCGGAACGAAACCGGAGACUAUAUCGGUCUGGCCUUUUGCAUCAUGCUGCAUGAGAGAAACUCUCGGUACCUGGUCACGUCCACGUCACCAUCCUACGGCUCAUUGAAGGGGUUGGACGACUAUGGCAAGCACUUGCGAAUCCUCCAUAUGAGACGAAUCAGACAGUCUUUGUCUGAGGAAUUCAGCGGUCGUGUUCAGCUCCUACAGGCAUACUCAGAAGACGUGAAGAGGGAGCGACGUGCGGCGGGAAAGGCGUGGAGCGGUGCUAUCAGCACGACGUUGGAUGAACCCGAGGUCAUAAAGGGACACAACGCCGCCUUCAGGACAACAGGCCGGUUCAUGACUGCCUGCCUCUUGGACCAUCUGCGUUUCCAGAUAGGAAAGACAGCGUAUGCGGCAGAUAUUGAGAACGCGACGACACGCAAAGAGAGAAGCGUGGCCGGUCCUACUUCAUGCGCUGAAUGGGAGUUGUACGUCACGCUUCUGCAAAGCCCUGACCCCGAAGAACCUUACGCUCCGCAAUAUGUUGCGGUCACCUACGGAAUGCCCAAGUCAAAGACUUGGGAGACAGACAAGACCAGUUCAAGGCCAGCUCCGACAGCCCAGAGGUCUCCCGCACCAACUCCUCUUCCACCUAUGUCCAGGCCAAUUCCACUCAGACCGGGGCAGGCGAAAUCAGCGACCUUUGCAAAUCAUUCACAGGCUCCCCCACAUCCAGCUGCCGGUCAGGUUAUUGUGCAGAUGCCGACGCCUCCGAGGCAGCCUGAGCCACAACAGGCCGACCCUCCGAAGAAGGCAAAGUCCAGGUGGGGUCUAAAAUAAUUAUCCAGUCGAAGCUGCAUGAUGAGAAUCUGGGAACAUUGUAUCGAAUCUGUACUAGACGGAUAUUCAAUGUUGUGCUUGCAAUAUGAUAGUGAAUACCAUAGGGUAUCCUUAAUCGACGCUUUUGUCUUGUCUGAA